GAGCCUGAUUGAAUGUGAGAGCAGGCGGAAGAAAAGCAGAAGCGGCGGAGGGAGGGCAGUGAGCAGCACAACUCCGCUGCUGCAGUAGCGGGGCAUCAAUUUUGUAUAAUCGUCGAGUGCAGCAGCAGCGCGUUCGCUCGCCAGCAUCAGAGCUCAGGCUACCUGUCUGUACCAGCCUCUGCACCGCGGAGCAUGGAGAGCCGCUCGCGCCUCGCUUGGCCACCGAGUGAUGGAGGGCGAACCGGGCGGGCUCUGUAGGCAUGUCCGCGUCCGAUUCUAGCGCAGCGCUGCUCAGCUGCAAGAGUUCAGCUGAUUCCUACACAAGUCGACCAUCGGAUUCCGACCUGUCCCUGGAGGAGGACAAGGAGGCGUCUCGGCGUGAGGCCGAGCGCCAGGCACUGCUCCAGCUCGAGAGGGCCAAGACCAAACCUGUGGCAUUUGCAGUGAGAACCAAUGUCAGCUACUGCGGGGCUCUCGAUGAAGACUGUCCGGUUCAGGGUGCUGCCAUCAACUUUGAAACCAAAGAUUUUCUACAUAUAAAGGAGAAGUAUAAUAAUGACUGGUGGAUCGGGAGGCUGGUGAAGGAGGGGGCAGACAUUGCCUUCAUCCCCAGCCCUGUUAAACUGGAGGCCAUGCGGAUCAAGCAGGAACAGAAAGCAGCUCAGAGGAAAAUGGGCAAUGCAUCAUCCGGGGGCUGGAGAUCCACUCCUCCUUCUGCAGCCAAACAGAAGCAGAAGCAGACUGAACAUGUUCCUCCCUAUGAUGUAGUUCCAUCCAUGAGGCCUGUUGUUCUGGUUGGCCCCUCGUUGAAAGGAUAUGAGGUGACUGAUAUGAUGCAGAAAGCCUUGUUUGACUUCCUGAAACACAGGUUUGAUGGAAGGAUUUCGAUCACGCGGGUGACUGCAGAUCUGUCUCUGGCCAAAAGAUCUGUUCUGAACAAGAAAGCGAUUAUGGAGAGGUCCAACACACGCUCCAGUCUGGCGGAGGUGCAGAGUGAGAUUGAGAGAAUAUUUGAGCUGGCUAAGAGUCUACAGUUGGUGGUCUUGGAUGCCGACACGAUCAACCAUCCCGCACAACUGCUCAAGACGUCCCUCGCCCCCAUUAUAGUCUACGUCAAAGUGUCCUCUCCAAAGGUCCUUCAAAGACUCAUUAAGUCCAGAGGGAAAUCUCAAAGCAAACAUCUCAACGUCCAGAUGAUGGCAGGAGAUAAACUGGCACAGUGUCCACCGGAAAUGUUUGAUGUUAUACUGGAUGAGAAUCAGCUGGAGGACGCUUGUGAGCACCUGGCUGAAUAUUUAGAUAUAUACUGGCGUGCCACUCAUCUGCCAGGCUCCGCCCCGCUGAACCCGCUGGUGGAGCAGAAUGUGGUCACACCUCCCUCUGCCAACUCCAGCCAACAGUUCUCAGAGACGCAGGAGCUUAUUGAAUGAGCACGACCACAAGUAAUGAGUUGACACAGAACAUUCCAGUAAAACAAGCCCCAGAAUAAUCCUUAAAGUCCAGCCACUCACUGCCCCAGAACCGUCCGGGGCGCUCAGAGGAGGAGUGAGGGCCAGCUGAGCAGCGGAUCGACAAACCCCAGCCUCCCUGCCCUGCACAAACACGUGUGUCGUCCUUCACACCUCAGGACCGCCCUGCUGCAGGCCUUCAGCCAACACAAACACAAACACACACACUCAACUGGUCUGAAUGUCCCUGCUGAGACCCACGCCGAGAUCAUCGGGGGUUUCCCACAAGCCCUCAGUGGUGCCGUCUGUCUGCCUGCUUCUGCCAGCCUGACUCUUAUGUCUGGGGUGAGGCUGGCACUGGCAUCAGGGCAUCCAUAUAACCUGUUCUCAUACAGAAGGGCCACUCACAUCUUCUCACACAACUGCCAGUCUCCACAACCUGCAUCGCUUCUGCUUUGAUUUGAAGCUCUAUUAGUAUAUCUGAGUAUACUUUGUAUGUUAGAGUAUGCACAGUUGAAUACACAACCUUUCAAAAUCAACAUCAUUUGAUACCCUUACGGAAAUUAACCAUGGUUUUAUUAUAGUAAAAGUAAACUGUAUUUGAAAUUCAUUUGAAAUUGCAUUUUGAAAGUAAACGAUUCGAAACUGUAGUUGUGUGAACAAGUCAUAGAUUUGCAUUGAAAAAUAAAAGAUUAAUUGGAGUGGUAUCACUUUAUUUUGACGGUCCCUAUUGUUGAUUAUAAGUUACAUUAAAACUAUAUGGCAACUGAUUCUCAUUAGAGUUUAUGUAGACUGGGGUUGGGGUAAGGGUUAGUCUAAGUUGACAUGUAGUUGCAAAGUUUCUUAUAAUCAGUUGAAUGUCUGCUGGUGGAUAAGUGUCAGCAUAUAUUAAGCAAACAGACUACUAAUACUCUAAUGAGAAUUAGUUAGCAUGUAGAUGCAAUGUAACCUAUAAUCAACAAAAUGUGUAAAAGGGACCAUCAAAAUAAAGUAAUACCAUUGCAUUUAAGGUAAGUGGUUGCAAACUAUUUAUAUUUAAUACUGUUCAAUUUAAUUUGUUUAUUUAAAUUUAGCUUGUACAAAUUGUUUGCAGCCACUUACCCCAAAAUUUUCUAGUAAAUCAAUCAUUUUUUCGGUGUGGUUUCUGUUCAUAGUUUAGAGGAGCAAGAUGAGAUUCUAGAGAGAAUUUGAUUGGACCAAAAAAUCUGUCGACAAGCAUAAGUGCAGAGUGAUGUCAAGGUACUGAAAGGGAAUUAGAAAAAAACAAAUAAACACACAAUACCACUUGUAGCAUCCAUGGCCAUUAAAGAAACAUAUAAUGGAACUAUAAAAAAUAUAUAACUGCAA